AUGCAACUCCACCACACCUUCUCAUAUUUCCUCUUUCUAUUCUUCAUCCCUUCACUUCACUCCCACUCUCACUCUCACUCUCAACCAAACCAUUACACAAUCUCUCAAGAACACUCUCAAAAACCUCACCCAAAUGGGCCCCACCAAGAAUUCAUAGAAGUAACAUACCCACCACCCUACCAACCAACCCCAUCAUGUUCCCACCAAAUCCUCCACCACACAUUCGCCAACACUAUCGACACCCCCCCUUUUACCACACCAUACACCCCACCCUUCCAUUGCCCUCCACCAUGGACACGUGUCAUCCUUCACUUCCACGCCAAAAUCAAAGGCGAACAAUACGACCGUAUCGCCGCCUUAUGGCUCGCCGGCGUCGAGCUUCUCCGAACAAGCACCGCUCAGCCUGAUAAUUCUAGAAUCUUCUGGAAUGUUCGUAAAGAUAUUACUAAAUACACCUCCCUUCUUACUCAAUCAAACCUUGACCUCACUAUGAUGCUUGAAAAUAUCAUUAACGCAGAAUUCACCGGCGAAUUUCAUAUCACCGUUACUCUUUUGUAUUAUUACGACAAGCACAAAAACUCCGUUAGCGUUCCGUUUAAUCCAAUUUCAAAUGCAGUUUCAAAUUCAAUUUCAAGAUCAAGGUCUUUGAGGAGUGAAUUGAAGGUACCGGAUUCUAGGGUUUUGAAUGAAUUACCAGCUGAUUUGAUUAUUCCGAUUUGUGAUAGUGGAAAACGAGGGUUUUGGUUUAGGGUUGAGGAAGAAAAGCAAUUGAAGAAACGAAGAAUUCGAAUUCCGCGGAAUACUUAUAAAGCGGUUCUUGAAUUGUAUGUUUCUUUUCAUGGAAAUGAUGAAUUUUGGUAUUCAAAUCCACCGAAUUCGUAUAUUACUACGAAUGGUUUAGAUACUGAGAGAGGGAAUGGUGCUUAUAGAGAAGUUUAUGUGACUAUUGAUGGCGAGCUUGUUGGAUCGGAGAUUCCUUUUCCGGUGGUUUUCACUGGUGGGAUUAAUCCGUUGUUUUGGGAGCCGAUUGUUGCGAUUGGGGCGUUUGAUCUUCCUUCGUAUGAUAUGGAAUUAACACCAUUUUUAGGGAAACUUCUUGAUGGGAAAAGACAUGUUUUUGGAAUUGGGGUGACCAGAGGAUUAUCAUUUUGGCUUGUGAAUGCAAAUUUGCAUCUUUGGGUUGAUCAUCAAUCUUCUGUAGUUCGUGCAAAUCGUGUUAUUCAUCAUAACCCUAAAACCGAUGUUCAACGUGCAGAGGAAUUUAGAGGACUUGACGGUGAGUUUCGCGCGGAAGCAGAGACGGAGACAAUGAUAGAAGGAUGGGUUAUGACAAGUUCCGGUAACAUAACCACAGUUGUUUCGAAGGGAUUCAGUUUUAGGAAUGUUAUAAAGUUUAAAAGCAAUGGAACUUAUAAGAUGGUUAAGCAGAAAUUCAAAGCCAAGAAGAAAGUUAAAGUCAUUGAUAAUAGAGGAGAAAUGAUAUCUAAAUUGAAGGUUAAACGCAAGUAUCCCUUAAGAGUUAUUACUGUGACAGAACCUCAUGGUUUGGAUGAUGGAUAUAAGCUUGUUACUGAUUUAUCUCAUGGUUUUGAGGAGAAGUAUGAAGGUAAGGGAUUCAUACAUUCAGUUAGUAAUGAACAGGAAUCAAAGGGUUGGAUUAAUGUGAUGGGUCAUUCUGUUCUAGAUGGUCAUGCAAGUACUAUGCAAAAUUAUAGUUAUGUUGAUAAGUUAAGUUGUUAUAAUCGGAAUGUUGCAGCUUCUAAUGGCAGGAUUGUUACUGACAAGUCAAAUUUCAUUUGUGAAAAUGCCAUGUAA